GUUCGGGGAUCGGUGGUGCUGACUGAAGUCGCUGCCUUUGCUCUCCGUCCUCGGCGGCUGGUGCAGGGAGGGGUCAGCAUGGCGUGGCCGCCACCCUCUUCUUCUCCUUCUCCUGGACCGCAGUGGUAGCAGCCAGGCUUUCCCUUCCCUCCUUCCGUCGUCACCACCGCCAUCGUCCUCCGCUGCCGCGGCUGGCCUCCGUCCCUUGGGUGCUAUGACCGCGGAAGUGCCCGGGCCCCCGGGCCUCCUCGUCCUCCGGCUCUUACCGCCGCUUAUUUUGCUUCUGGGGGCGCCGGAAUCGUCAGCCGGAGAACUAAGAUCCCCGGCGGCGUCGGGUGUGGAAUCGCUGCUGGAGGAGUUCCGCCGCCAGCUGCAGCUUGAGAGGGAUCCGUCCGGCGGCCGCAGCGAUGAGCUGGAGGAAGCGGCCGGUCGCUGCCGAGGAGGGACUGAAGAACUAGCCGGCAGCGGCGGGAGUUUCUUCUCGGUCAGGUCCGAUUCCAUCAUCCGCACCAAGGACUCCAUCGCAGCGGGUGCCACCUUCCUCGGCUCUCCGGGCUCGGUGGCUGCUCCCAGGCAUUGCCUGGAUGCCUGCUGCGCCGAUGCCCUCUGCACCCUCGCCGUCUUGCAGCAGCAGCAGCAGCCGGCCUCGGCCCGCUGCUAUCUCUUCAACUGCACCUACCGCGGCCGCGCCGUCUGUGUCUUCUCCCCUCAGCGCGGCUACAAUAGCUACUUCCUGGAACCCACCAGCCAUCCUCCUCCGGCUUUGGAAACUGAUGAGCCUCCUCUUAGCAAGGCAGGAGAAGAUAUUAUUCUUCAACUACCUGUUGACUGGGUUAUUCUGGAUGGCAGAGAAAGUGUGGAUGACCAUGGAAUCAUACGAUAUGAGUGGACAUUACUUCAAGGUGUAUCUUCCGUUGAUAUGCAGGUACCUCAGCCAGGAACACUGAAGCUCUCUCAUAUGCAAGAAGGAAAAUAUACACUGCAGCUGACUGUGACUGACACAGCUGGCCAAAGGAGUUCAGAUAACGUCUCAGUGACAGUACUUCCAAUGAUUCAUGCUGAAUUAGGUUGUGCUGGGAAAUGUUCCCGAUACCAGUUCCUCUGUGAUGACGGCUGUUGCAUUGACAUCACUUAUGCCUGUGAUGGAGAGAACCACUGUCCUGAUGGGUCAGAUGAAGCUUUUUGCCAUAAAUAUAAUUCAGGACAGAGUGCAAUAACUCACAUAGACAAUAUUCAACAAAAUUCAGUUGAAUUUAUGAAAAAAGCCAAUAAAGACCUUACAUUUGAAAUCACCCAGACAAGUGCACUAAGCAGUCAAGCACUUGAACCAGAGAAAAUCAAACUAUCACCCUCUCAGGGACCAAAGAAACAACUUACAGGGUUUAUACCAGAGCAGUGCUUGCUCCCCCUAGCCAUGGGCUCAUGCAACAGACACCUCCCUCGCUGGCAUUUUGAUGCUUUUUCAGGCACCUGCAUGCAUUUCAUCUAUGGUGGUUGCAAAGGCAAUGAAAACAACUUUCUUCAAGAAUCUGACUGUCUUGCUGAAUGUGUAAAAGUUCAUGAUUCUAGAAUCUCAGGGAAAGACACAGAUAAGAAUGACAAUAAUAUUGUGAGCUUGAAGAGCACUCAGAUUGAAAAGAGCCUUCCAAUCCCAGAAACAGGUGCUGUACUUCCACUGGCUUUGGGGUUAGCCAUCACUGCUUUGCUGCUACUCAUGGUCGCUUGCCGUUUGCGAUUAGUCCGGCAGAAAUUAAAGAAAGCGCGACCUACUACAUCUGAGGAGUCAGAUUACCUCAUAAAUGGAAUGUAUCUCUAGACUAGAGCAAGAUUCAGGAUACUUUUUUUUUUGCUAUCAAGCUUUCUCACAAAAGUGUGCCUCUUGCAUCUCACAAUUCUCUUUUUAAAAGUGAAAACUGUGUUACCAAAAUAAGCAGCCAUCUUCCCAAAAUUUUUUCAAGGCCUGUGAUAGAUGAACACCAAUUGUUUUUCAAACUUGGUAAUUUGAAGACGUGUGAAUUUCAACUCCUGGAGUUCCCCAACCAGUGUGGAAUUCCAGGAGUUGAAGUUGACACCCCUUCAAAUACCAAGGUUAAGAAACACUGAUGUACACACUUGUAAUGGCAUGUGAUCGCUUUCACCAAUAUGCUGUCCUCCAGGUGUUUUGAUCUACAAUGCCUUUCAUUCCCAAGCCAACUGGAGGCUCUAGUAUGAAAUUACUUUAAGAAUAGCUUAUAAUGGAGGUAUGAGCUAAUCCAAUUUAUCUAUUGCAAUCCCAUCGAAACAAAAUCACAUUACUGGUGAAUAAGUGCAAUACCACUAUAGCUUAAAAUACAUUAAGUGUACAAAAGAUUUUCUUUUAAACUUAUCCUCGCUUUACACUCUAAUUUAGCCAUUUCCAUUUUGCAAAUUGGUUUUGUAUGGUGAUAAAACCCAAUUUAAAAUACUGGAAGCUAGUGGUUAAUCCAUGCUCCUGGAGUAGCAUGAUGUCCUGUUGCAGUGGCCCACAUCACAGCAGAUACCGAUACAGCAGCCACAUCUAAUCCAAAUAUGUAUUUUUGUUAGAGCUUUGACUCAUUAUAGGGCAUUACUUUCCAAACUCUUUUAAGUAGAGCUCGCUUUUCUUUUAAUGUGACAUUAUGAUCUAGUCAAAGUAUUUUCCCAUGAAAAAUUGCACUUGAAAUAUAUAAAUGGAGAUUUGGAAUUCACGCUUCAGCUUCCUUUUCUACAAUGAAUGUGGGCAGACACUGUACACCUAAAAACAUCCUAUUGGUUUCCACAGAGGAUGCAAGGGAGCUUACUUGAUGGAAAUGAUGUACUGUGUAACAUGGUGAGAGUGAUAAAAAAUGACACAAUUUGCAUCCUGUGUGCGAUGUCACUACACCUGAAAAAUCAUGUUGACUUCAGUUGGAUGGCUAUGAAGCAAUCCACUCCUCUGAAUGAACUAGGAAAUCAGGCAUACAGUUCUCAUUAUGUCGCAUGACAGUUCUGACAUCCACAGUACUUUGCCUUGUUCUUCUCAGUGCAGCCAGACUCUGCUCGACUGUAAUCAGACAGUACUAGAUCAUCUUUGGGAAACUGCAGUCUCAACUUAUGCAUUGGAAAUCUUUUGUUUGCAGAGGAGCACCAAUUUUAGUCUCUCUUUUAUCUCUGAGGAAGGCACGAGUUUCACCAUAUUAUUUAAAUUAGCUGUUCUAUUUUAAUCUUCCAAUGUUGGUGAUAAAUAUAACCUUAGAUUUAUAUUUCUUUCUCCUUACAGGAUUUCAAUCCUUUCUAUUUUCAUUUCUGCCUUUUUCAAACACUUUAAGAAUAUCUGUAACUUUAACUUCAGAGUACACAGGCAUGUGAAUUAAGUACUGUAUAUGUCCACAAUUCUUUAAAGCAGCCAUAUGGGUCAUGGGAAGCUAGAAAGGAAACAUACAUUUUAAAGAGUUGCAGAUAAAUCCUUUAUUUAAUGCUUUUGCUCACUCCAAAGCACCUUAUUGGAACUGAACCUGAAGCGCUGCACAUUCCUAAUUAAAAGUAGCAAUACAAGUAAGCCAUUAAUAAAUUAGCAGUACAAUUUCAUUUCAAAACAGCUGUUAGUAAAAAAAAA